AUGGGAAAGAGCGAUGAAUCCCUCGAAAAACAAAGAAAACUUUAUAUGAUAGCAGUUGCUGUCUGGUAUUUUUCUGCUGGAGCUGAUCGGGCCCUAAUUAUUCCCACUGUCAAUGCAUAUCUCACGGAAUAUCUCGGAGCCGCACAGGUUUAUAUGGGGGUAGUAAUUUCCAUUUUCGCAAUCGGUAGCAUAAUUGCUGCUCCUUCUCUUGGAAGAAUUUGCGAUUGGUUAGGAACGUCACGGCCACUUUUGAUCUUUGGCGUUUCUCUCCAUCUAACUGGAAGUAUCAUCUACUUCUUGGCGCCCGGACUGCCUGGAACAAAGCCUGAAAUGUGGAUUGUAUUUGGUCGAUUCCUGGCAGGAAUAGGAUACGGACUGGAUGCACCUGUUGUCGGGACGUUGACGCGAAACGCGCCACCAGAAAAUCGUGGAUCUGUGAUCGCUUCUGCGAUUUUGAUGAGACAAGUUGGCGUAAUUAUUGGACCAUUCUGUAUGUUAUUCCUGAAGUAUGCUAACUUCACCCUCCCUGGCGGCGUGCAAAUCAACCCAUACAAUGUGCAAGGCUUCUUCCUAAUGUGUAUCUGGGCGUCUGUGCUUACUGUUAUUAUCUUGCUGUAUCAUGACGCUGGACUAGGUAACUCGACCGACAUUCCUAAAUCGAAAGCAUAUGAAGAAAGUGAGACCAUUCCAGAAGACGAUGAUGUCAAUCUUACCGCGAGCAUACACAGUCUUCAUUUCAAAUGGAAAGAAACAAAAGAUAUCACAUCUGGUGGCAUACUUAAGCUACUGCUUCGUGAGCAAGUUGUUGUCUGUCUUGUUGGAUCUUUCGGUGGAAUGUUCUUACAGUCGUCUUUGGAAACAGUGUUCACUCCUCUCUCCAAACGAUUUCUUGGUUUCACAAGUGUCCAGAAUGCGAUGACUUAUGUCUUUAUUGGCGUUGUUGCUGUUUCUGGAUAUUUCUGCAUGAAACUCAUAUCCGAUCGACCUGGAUUUCAGCAACGAAGAGCACUCCUGAUUGGAAUGUCCGUAGAGUUUCUAAAUACAGUUAUCCUCACCACUACAGUUCCCAACGCUACAUUCCGAGCCACUUACUUGUAUAUUUUGACGGGCGUUGUCGUCCUGUUACAAUGUUUCUUCAUGGCCUGGCUCGUGGUGGCUUCAGCAUCGUUACUCUCUAAGUUUACACCUCAAUACUACCAAAGUUCAAUUCAAGGCGUACGAAUCGGCGUCGAAACUCUUGCCACAAUCUUAGCCCCUCUAUGGAUCAGUUCCACCAUAAACUUUUCAAUUUACGCUUGUUUUUCUAUUCCGACCUUCAUCUUGAUUACUGGCUGCAUAUUAACUACCUCAUCAUAUCAUGUUCUGGAGCCUUCAAGGAUAGACUUUUAUCCCCUGCCGAGCCCUAACUCAAAGAAGAAUCAUGACAACAGACAAGAAGAUACUGAACUAGCUAAUAUUGUAAAAAUACUGAAUAAACAACACUACAGGCUAAAGGCCUUUGCUUACGCAAAAUCUGAAAUUUACAAAAGUUUAUUGAAAGUUUCCCAAAGAUUGAGAAAAAUAAGCAGUGAAGGAAAGUAA